CCUGCCAUGGGGUUCAUCAAUGUCACUCACCCUGCUUCCUUCCUCCUGACUGGUGUCCCUGGCCUGGAAAACUCUCACUCCUGGCUGGCAGGGCCCCUCUGUGUGAUGUAUGCUGUGGCACUUACAGGCAACACAGUGAUCCUGCAGGCUGUGCGACUGGAGCCCAGCCUCCAUGAGCCCAUGUACUACUUCCUGUCCAUGCUGUCCUUCAGUGACGUGGCCAUGUCCAUGACCACACUGCCCACUGUCCUCAGAACCUUCUGUCUCAAUGCCCGCCACAUUGCUUUUGAUGCCUGCCUAAUCCAGAUGUUUCUCAUCCACUCCUUUUCCAUGAUGGAGUCAGGUAUUCUGCUGGCCAUGAGCUUUGACCGCUAUGUGGCCAUUUGUAACCCCUUACACUAUGCUACUAUGCUCACCAAUAGAGUCAUUGCGGGGACGGGCUUAGCUGUGGCCACCCGGAGCUUUACCACCCUCUUCCCACUUCCCUUCCUUAUCAAGAGGCUGCCUAUUUGCAGAUCCAAUGUUCUUUCCCACUCCUAUUGCCUGCACCCAGACAUGAUGAAACUGGCCUGUGCUGAUAUCACCAUCAACAGCGUCUACGGGUUCUUCGUUCUUGUAUCUACCUUCGGCAUGGACCUGUUUUUUAUCUUCCUCUCCUAUGGGCUUAUUCUGCAGUCUGUCAUGGCCAUUGCUUCCCGUCAAGAACGUCUCAAAACUCUCAACACAUGUGUGUCACAUAUCCUAGGUGUUCUUGCAUUUUAUGUGCCAAUGAUUGGGGUCUCCACAAUGCACCGCUUUGGUAAGCAUGCCCCACGCUAUAUACAUGUCCUCAUGUCCAAUAUUUACCUCUUCGUGCCUCCCGUACUCAACCCUAUCAUUUAUAGUGCCAAGACAAAGGAGAUCCGCCGUGCCAUUGUCCGUAUGUUUCACCGCAUCAAGAUGUGA